AUGGGUUUCUUUAGCAAUAUUUUUGCCCGCAAAUCCAGUGCGAAGAGGGCGUCUGUCAAGGGUCAAGAGUACCAUUCGACUGUAGCUUCAAUUCCUCCAAUUCAAGGAACAUAUCCAGUCGCGGGAAAUGGCCCCAACGUCUUGGACAAACUGCAACGAGCAGCCAGGAAACGUAGCCAAGCACAACUCUCAAGCAUACCACGACAUGUCGGUUUUGAUGAUGAUGAUGACUCCAGCGCUAUUCCUCCCAUGGUUCCCCGAUUCCGAGGCAUAUCCCAAUCACGACCAACCACAGCGCCUAACCAAGCCGACUUUCCAACAUCACGGCCACUUUCUUGGACACGCAGUAUUCGAAGCUCAAAUUCAGCCUGGAGCGUCCCAGAAAGACCUGCACGAGGCCGCACCGAAAGAUUACCUCCAGUGCCCUCCAUUCCGACUCAUCAUCGGCGCGAGAGUUCCUUCGACUCGUUUCAGAACAAGCGCAAUUCCUUUGUCGACGUUCUCGAUGCGCAGGGCGAAUUCAAGCCUUCAAACUUUCGCUCGCGAGUUACAGCCACUGGUUCGCGAGAGUACGGGGAAGACGUUGCCGAGAGAAAUUUGGGCGACAACGGUCUGAACCUUAAAAGCGCCGCUACAAAAGCACUCUACCGACUCUCUGGCAGUGGGCGCUUGGUGAUGCCCGCUGACGAGCACGACUACGAAGAAGAAGAUGACGAUUGUGCGCCUUACCCUGGUGUUCCACAUGGCGACUCGGGGACCAAACGAGACAAUUGGUCCAAGUCUGGUAGUUCAGCUUGGAGGAGAUCAUAUUCUGGCCCAGUUGUUAACGAUCUACCGAGACCUAGCAAAUCACAUCUUCGCGAAAAACGGUCCGAGUCUCCCCUGGCAACCCUCAAACCAGCGCCAUUGUCAAAACAGGACCGGAGACGAUCAUUCAAUGCAUUCGCUUCUCCACAGGUAGAAGAGGAGCGUCCAAAACCAAGACCCCUCAGUCUACACCAGUCGAUCUCAAGCUUUUCUUAUGAAAGACCCUCAUCACCUCCAACUCUACUACCGCCCGUCUCACCACCAGCAUCGCCGCCUCCGGUACAGCGAUCCAGGCCAAAAACGAGCGAAGGUCGGAGUAGGCGAAGGAGCUUUGGUCGCGUCGAGAUCGAUACCGUUGAAGAAGACAAUGAGGAUUUUGCGCCGUUUCCAAGCGUACCGUCGCGGUUCAGACUAUCUGAGCAAAAGUCCACCUCGUAUCUUGAACCAAGCUAUAGUUACGAUCGUCACGAUUCGCUUAACGCACGCCCUGAAUCAUACCAUGGGGGAUUGGCCCUCUCGUUCCCCCGCAACGACAUGUCUCAACCUUCACGCCCGUCCAGUUCCUCAUCCGUGGACAAAUCAUACAACCGCACUCGUACCAUGACUAGCGCUAGGAGCCAGCGUCUUGACGACAUUAACGAGCAUAUCCCUGUGCGAACAUCAUCUUUAUGGAGGGUGCAACCCUGCGUUACACCAUCAACAAUGUCCUCUGGAUUUAGCAAUGCAUUUCCUAAAUCCGUGGGCCAGCACACCCCAAGUACAUCUAUUGAUGCAUCUCUUCCUCCUUCCAUCAAAAUCUCACCUGAACAUGAACAGAAGAAAAUAUUGGACGACAUCAGUUACUAUAAUCCAGGCGAUGAUGACUUUUCUGCUGAUACACUGGUCCCUUCACGGAGGGAAGUCGAGCGGCAUCUCGGCCACCCCAUGAAUGAAGGCCUAGACCUAGAUCUCUACCUCUCUGACGCAAGCGAGGACUCAAUGGACUCUUUCGUGGCAUGGAAGGAGAAACGCCGCAACGAAGAGGGUCUAUUAAUGAAGGACCACUACGGCACUACCGGCGCUGGUCUUCCUGGUCUUUUUGAACCUGUUCCUAUUUUCAAGGCUGAAAUUGAGCCUCCUUCUGUUCCACAAACCCCAGCUGCGCCUGUUGUUUCGAAGCGCCCCAAAACACCAAAGAGCCCUCGACGACCUAGCACACGAAGUAGCAAGUCUACACCACAGCGAUCACAACAAAAGUCACGACAGAGCCACAGUCGCGCCAACACACCUCGCCGCACCAACCAAACAUCCACGCUUGACAAUCAAGAUUCGGAUUCUUGGGAAGAUGACGUUCCUCCUGCUCCUGCAAUUCCUGGUUUCGUCUCGCUCGCCGAUCUCGGUAUCAACAUUCGUGAUCUAGGCUGGGACCAGUUUGGCUUGACAGACGCCGACGAUGCCAAGGUGGAUAUGCAGACAGCCCUGAAGAUUCGCAGGGCGAUGAAGAAUAAAAGACAACAACAGAAGGAAGAAGAAGAGGCAUGUGCGGCCGACGUUGAGGACCACUAA